UGCCACGUGAUGAAGAUGGUCUUUAAAACAAGCUGCUGGAGGCACAGAGGUGCCCAUACUUCCUCGGCUACCGGUUGUGAGUGCCUUAUCUUCCCACAAAGCUUUCCACGAUGAUUGAGCCCUUCUUAGGAACCUGGAAACUGGUCUCCAGCAAAAACUUCGAGGACUACAUGAAAGAACUGGGACUAGAUUUUGCAGUGUGGGAUGUGGCAGGUUCAGUGAAACCAAGUGUUACUAUUAGUCUCAAUGGGGAGAAGGUGAACAUCCAAACAGAAAGUCCUCUCAAGAACACAAUGAUCUCCUUCAAGCUAGGGGAAGAAUUUGAUGAGACUACGGCAGACAACCGGCAAGUGAAGAGCACUGUGACAUUAGAAGAAGGGUCAAUGAUCCAGGUCCAAAAAUGGCUUGGCAAAGAGACAACAAUCAAAAGAAAAAUUGUGGAAGGAAAAAUGGUAGUGGAGUGCAUCAUGAACGAUGUUGUCAGCACUAGGGUCUAUGAAAAAGAAUGAAGGAAGAAGAGUAGACACCAGCGAGAACUUGGCCACUACAGAAAACUUGCUGCUGAAGAAAAUUAGCCUCAGGGACAGUGAUUUAAAGCAUUUUCAGCCUAGAUUUUGCUCAAUAAAAGCACUAAUUGAAAUGCA